AAGAGCCCAUAUUUUGAUGUGGAAAUCCCGAAUGACUGCCGAAUGGAGUGGGGAAGACGCUACCCCGAAUAUAGAAAGGAGAUGGAAGCUGCUCUAAGCCAAGGUGCAGAAGGGAAGGAUUGCUCCCCAGAUGAUGUAAUAAAGAAAUAUAAGCAGUUGCUAUAUGGUGCACCGGAUUUCGAAGAGAGCCCGAGGAGGUGGGACGAUAUUUUCAAUGAGGCUCUUGCGAUCUAUAACAUUUCGUACGAGUACGCGACGGGAAGGCAUGCCGCGAUCGGAGGGAAAGCCAUCGGCUUAUGCGGAUUCGCUUGGAAAGUGGCGGAUCCUGCGCUCUGCCAGAUUUAUGCCAUGAAGCAGGGGCAGAAGUCGAUCGUCUGCCUACCCUCAGUUCUAAAGGAAAUCUUCAGUUAAAACUUCUGUUUGGCU